AUGCACUCUUCCAAGAAAAUUAAAAAAAAAAAAACCUCUCUAGCAAUACACACCAAACUGAGCAUGUGCAGAGUGUCUCCACGGGAUAUGUCUUAUCAGGAGAUAAGAGGGGUGCACUGGAAGAAGGGGAGGAUCAGAGAAGUCAGGAUCAAACAUCAUUUUUACACAAUGCAGAGGAUUAACCCCUUAGGUUCCACAGUGAGUAUGUCAUGCAUGCUUUACUGCCAGGGGCGGACUGACCAUUUGGAAACUUGAGCACUGCCCGAGGGCCCGGGGUUAGUAGGGGGCCCC